AUGUCUUCCACAGCGGCUUUUUACCUUCUCUCUACCCUGGGAGGGUACUUGAUGACCUCAUUCUUGUUGCUUAAAUACCCGACCUUGCUGCACCAGAGAAAGAAGCAGCGAUUCCUCAGUAAACACAUCUCUCACCGCGGAGGUGAGAGGGGUCCCCAGAACCCGAUGGCGGAGUCUAGCACUCUUGCGACCUUUCCCAGGCAUGCAGUUACAAUUGGAACUGAUAUGCUAGAAUUGGACUGCCAUAUCACAAAAGAUGAACAAGUUGUAGUGUCACAUGAUGAGAAUCUAAAGAGAUCAACUGGGGUCAAUGUAAACAUCUCUGAUCUUAAGUAUUGUGAGCUUCCACCUUACCUUGGCAAACUGGAUGUGACAUUUCAAAGAGCAUGCCAAUGUGAAGGAAAAGAUAACCGAAUUCCAUUACUGAAGGAAGUUUUUGAGGCCUUUCCUAACACUCCCAUUAACAUCGAUAUCAAAGUCAACAACAAUGUGCUGAUUAAGAAGGUUUCAGAGUUGGUGAAGCAGUAUAAACGAGAACACAUAACAGUGUGGGGUAAUGCCAGUUAUGAAAUUGUAGAAAAGUGCUACAAAGAGAAUUCAGAUAUUCCUAUACUCUUCAGUCUACAACGUGUUCUGCUCAUUCUUGGCCUUUUCUUCACUGGCCUCUUGCCUUUUGUGCCCAUUCGAGAACAGUUUUUUGAAAUUCCAAUGCCUUCUAUCAUAUUGAAGCUAAAAGAACCACACACCAUGUCUAGAAGUCAAAAGUUUCUCAUCUGGCUCUCUGAUAUCUUACUAAUGAGGAAAGCUUUAUUUGAUCACCUUACUGCUCGAGGCAUUCAAGUGUAUAUUUGGGUAUUAAAUGAAGAACAAGAAUACAAAAGAGCUUUUGAUUUGGGAGCAACUGGGGUGAUGACAGACUAUCCAACAAAGCUUAAGGAUUUUUUACAUAAUCUUUCAACAUAGAAAAAGAAGUACUUGAAUGUAUUCAAAGAAAACAUGAAAAGACCUAAGAAAAAAAUAUUUCACCAUCAUUUCCCUAAGCCAUUUCCAGAAUGAUUUCAUCUCUCAUACAGAGUUUGGAAGCUAAACAGCUAUGAAGGUAUGAGUAUACUCUCCCAAGUGUCCCUGGAUGACAUAAAUAUCAUUUGCUUUGUUGUUUAAACUGAAAUAAAGUUUUACAAGA